AUGUCAUGGUGUACAUCUACUGGUGGCAAAGCCAACAAAGGAGACCUGGUCAAGAAGCUCUCAAGAUUAGGAGCUCAUGGCGCUCAUGUGCAAAAUGCAGAAAGGGACUUGCAAAGAACUAUCUCAUCCUUUGGGUACUCACUGCGAGCCAAAAUCGAUACUGUUCCGGUCCAUUUAUGGGACCCAAAAGACUCUUGCAUCUUUGAGGCCGAUCUACCAGUUAUCUACCCCGAUGAAUUUGCCAGGGCCGUCUGGGAUCUGGGCAAAGAGGUGUUCGAAAAGGUCUAUUUGGGAACUGUGGGCAAGACUGGAGCUACUGAGUAUUGGGCGAAUGUGCGCGAUCGAUGUGCCUGGUACCCGCCAGGUAUACCUGAAGAUUGCCACUCAGGCCUCAUACCGGUUUCUCUCUAUGGUGAUGAGAUACAUGCAUACCGGAACACGGAUCCUGGUGCAGUUUCUGUUGUUGGAUGGGGUUCCGACCUCAGUUUCGGUAUUGAGGCCAUGCUUCAGUAUGGACUGAUUUGUGUGUAUUCGGAGUACUGUGAGUGUGAAAGCACUUAUGGUGAUAUCAUGGAAGCAAUCCUUCCAAGAUUCCAAUACCUUUGUGAUCCACAUGCCCCUCACCCCUGGAAAGAUGAGUUUCGGUUCCUGCUGUGUGGAGUACGUGGGGAUCUAAAAUGGAUCAACGACAGGUAUAAGAUCCAUAACUAUCGGCUGAACAGUUUUUGUUCUCGAUGCUCCUGUGUCAAGACUGCCGACAAUGUCUAUGAAACCAUCACAGCCUUCGGUGAGCAGGCACAACAUGUGCCAGUGAGCCAUUCUUCAUUCUGUGAUUCCAAGUGCAUCGACGAGUGGCCCUGGCCGAUGAGGUAUGGUGUACAUCUUGAACGCUUCUGUCACGACACUUGUCACAGCCAACUGCUGGGAAGUGGCAAAUGCUUGAAUGGUUCUGCAUUGACAUUCCUGUGCGAAAAAGGAUAUUUUACUGGUGGGCGAUUCGGCCAAGGUGUCUACGAUGUGGCACUACAGCAUCAGCUCCAGUUUGCAUAUUCAGAUUUCCGAUCAUGGGCGAAGUCUGCUGGCCUGACAGUUCAUCACCCGCGAUUCACCUUCAAUCGAUUGAAUCGCAAGCAUCGGGGCAUGCAGCCAUGCUUCAAAUUUGAUUUCAUCAUUCCUCAUUUAUAA